UUUCCCUUUAUGUCUCGUGAGUUCUAACCACAUACAACAAAAUGGCAGACGUCCCAGAUAGUGGGUCCUCCGAAAAUCUUACUGAAUCAGCUUCUCCAUCUACAGAUUCAGAAAAUGAAGAUUCUUCUCCACCUCCGCCUCCACCGAAGAAGACUCAUUUGCUACAAUGGAUGGAAAUCACUGUAUCAGAGCCAGAAAAAAGGACCAUACCAUCCAUGAAAAUGCAAGAUACAUAUAUUGUGUACCUUGUUGAAACAAGAGUUACUGACCCUGAAAUGAAAGGUUUUGGUGAUGGGGCAACUUCAGUGUGGAGGCGUUACAGCGAAUUUGAAUUGAUCAGGAAUUAUCUAGAAGCAAUUUACCCACAAGUUGUAGUCCCACCUUUACCAGAAAAAAAGGCAACAUUUCUCUGGCAGAAUGCACCAUCUGAUAAAUUCAACUUGGAAUUUAUUGAAAGGAGAAGAGCAGCUCUAGAGAUUUUUCUACUACGUUGUUCAUCGCAUCCAACUCUCUGUGCUGAUAAAGUGUUUGUUAGCUUUCUUCGACAGGAUUCUGGAUGGAAGGAACUAGCUUAUGCAACUGAGUUUCAAAGCAAGGCUGAAUCUAGAAUUAAAAGUCUUAGUGCUGCCUUUCGACUUAAAAGACCAGACCGACAAUUUGAAGAGCUUAAAAACUACAGUAAUGAACUUCAGUCCAUUAUUUCAACAAUACUGAAAAUCAGAGCAAAACUUGCUGACCGGCUUUAUGGUAUUCACAAAAUUCAUGCUAAUUAUGCCAGAGUCUAUGCUGAAUGGAGUUCUUUAGAGAAAGAGAUGAGUGAAGGCUUGAAGGGAUCUGGACAUUAUAUGGAUGUUUUUGCUAAUUCUGUUGAUGCAAUCUUGGAGGAGGAAGAACAAUAUGCAGACCAACUCAAAGAGUACUUGGCAUUUGCUGAUUCUUUAAGGUCUGUUUGUCGAAAAUAUGAAUGCAUACAAUAUGACCUGGAAAAAACUGAAGAAUGUUUGUCAACAAAAGGAAGCCAAAAGGAUAUGUUGAAUCAAGGAAAACAGCAAGGUGGCUUUACUCUUUCAAAUGUCAAAACCAAACUGUUUGGAGGUGAUACACCUGAGCAAAGAGACCAGAAAGUUAAAGUCCUUGAACAGCAAAUUCAGGAUUCUGAAGUUGAAUUAAAAGUUGUUACAGCAGAUACUCAAGUUUUCAUGGAGCAAGCACUGAAAGAUAUUGAUAGAUUUGAGAGACAAAAGGUGAAAGACUUAAAGGAAAUAUUCACAAACUAUGCUAUUAUGCAAAUAAAGCAAUCAAAAAAGGGUAUUGCAAUUUGGACCAGUGCGAAAGAUUGCUAUGCCAAGAUGUAAAUGAGUAAAUAAAAAAAGCAGUAGUCCCUGAUCAAAAAUGGUUCCUAAACCUCUGCAGCACAUCUCAUCAUAAGAGCAGUCUUUCUCUACUCAAUGAGAAUUUUUUUUUUGUUUUGAUUUUUGAGUUUUUGUCUCUAUUUUUUUUUUUUUUUUCAGAAAGUGUGUUUAAAACUAAAAAAAAAAAAUUUUAAAAGCAAACACAUAAAAA